AUGGCUCCGUCCGAGAACCCCAGCUACGAUGCGAAUAACCAGUCCGGCAGCCAUUCGAUACCCCUCCAAGACCUUUCGAGACCCCCGGGUACGGUGAUCGCAGAUGGCGCUGGACGCCGGGCGAGGAGUGCUACGAUUGAAGAUGAGCUUCCGGGGAGGCAGACCUCUGUUCAGGGAAUACGGGCUAUAGGCAGGCCGCUUUCGCGACGGUACGAGCGGAUUGCAGAGAACUCGCCUACAGGAGACAGGAGUGCCGAUGGCCCUGACAACUUCGAAUCUGUCCGUUUGUCUAAUGAUGCUGGGCCGUCAGGCUUUGAUCAUGCUUCGUUUCACCAGAGUACUAUUGGAUUGAGCUUUGGGCCCCAGCAAGUUCGACAUUCGGGAUCUUCUACGGCGCUUGAUGGACGGGUCGGAAGGAGUGAUUAUAACAGCUAUUUCGGUGCUUCUGAGGAUACGGUGGGCCAGAAUGGAUCGGGAUCGUUCGCCGGGGAGAAUGAUUCGUUGCCCCUUACGGAUUCGCGAUAUUUACAGCCAAUUAGUGGCGCUUCUGUCCCGGAUGCACAGGCCCAGGUCAAACGGAAUUCCAAUGAAGGCCGAAGUGUUCAUUUUGCUGGAAGUGCUACAGGAGGUGGUUCUCACCUGGGAGAUGACUUGGAGGGCGGUCUUCGGUCGGGGCGAAGCAGCGUACGGAACUCACAUCGAUCUGCUACAGGGCGGCUUUCACCCUCUCCUUCUCCUUCAUCAGCUUUGUCUAGGGCAAGCUCCAUGAUGAGAAUGGUCUCUCAGCGUGUUGUCAACCUAAGUAAUGAACCGGAGGUUAUCGAAAGUGUUAUGAGACAGAAAUCAGUACUUAAGCAUGCCCGCAUGGAUGAACCCCCCUCUUUACCCGCCAUGUUAGAAUAUGCGCAUGAUGUUGCUUCCUCAGAGACCUUAAAUGAGGGGGGGCCAGAAAAAAGGCCUCCAAAAGCAAAACGGAAACAUGGACAUCCGGCCAUAAGUCCAUUAAGGGGUAAAGCAUUGGGCAUAUUCUCGGCAGACAACCCGGUCAGGAAAUGGCUGUGUGAACUCCUGGUGCAUCCCGCAACGGAGCCAAUAAUUCUGAUUCUUAUCAUUAUCCAGACAAUUCUACUAGCCAUUGAAUCAUCCGUUCACACUGGCCGAAAAGGAAGCUGGUCUUCUCCCGUUGUCGACAUCCUCUUCCUAGCAAUUUUCAUCAUAUAUACCCUUGAAUUGAUAGCCAGGACAAUUGUUUCGGGAUUCAUUCUCAACCCCGAAGAAUACAGUACUCUUGACCGUUCAGCAGGGUUUCGGAAUGCUGUAAUGAUAAAAACAAGAGAGCUGUUUUCGUUGCAGCGGCAGCCAUCAACAAAGAAACCUGCAGAUCCUCAGCAAAUGUCUAUUAUCAGAUCAUUUACCACGAUGCAACAACAAGCAGAUGAAGUUGGAGAUAGUCGACAACAGCAGCGUAUCCGGCUUGCCCGCCGAGCUUUUCUACGACAUUCAUUCAAUAGGCUGGAUUUUCUAGCCGUUGUGUCAUACUGGAUUGCAUUUGCUUUGUCCGUCUUGUCCAUCGACACAAACCACCACAUUUACAUAUUUAAAAUGCUAAGCAGUCUCCGGAUUCUUCGUCUUCUUGCUUUGACAAGUGGAACAACUGUGAUUCUUCGAAGUUUAAAAAAAGCAGCACCUCUUCUAGUCAAUGUUGCAUUCUUUAUAUGCUUUUUCUGGCUUCUCUUUGCCAUCAUCGGAGUCCAGAGCUUUAAAUCUAGUCUUCGUCGAACUUGUGUCUGGGUGGAUCCAUUGGGUGUAAGCAAUUUCACCUUCAACCAAGCUCCGGAUACAGUUCAGUUCUGUGGAGGCCACCUAGACAAUGUCACUGGCCUAGCUAAACCCUGGAUCCAUGCCAACGGGAGAAACGGAACGACAACUCCAAAAGGGCAUCUCUGCCCCCAGGGGUCUCUAUGCAUCGAGGGCAGUAAUCCAUAUGCAGGCACCAUAAGUUUCGACGAUGUGUUGCACUCUCUCGAACUUGUGUUCGUUUUAAUGAGCUCAAAUACCUUUUCCGACCUCCUUUACUUUACCACAGACAGCGAUUACCUUGCUGCCUCCCUCUUCUUCAUUGCCGGUUUCAUCUUCCUGAGUUUAUGGCUCGUCAACUUGCUAGUGGCUGUUAUCACCUCGUCCUUUCAAGUUAUCCGAGAAGAAAGCAAGCGAAGCGCUUUUACUGCUGAUAGAAUCGACGAUGUUGGACCAGAGGAUACGUCUUUUCGCAGAGUCAGCAAACUAAAACGGCUCUUUAACCGGACAAACUACCUUUGGAUCGGCAUAAUAGCAUUCGGUCUAAUAGUUCAAUGCCUAAGGAGCUCCUCGAUGAGCUCCAACCGCAAAGAGCUUAUUGAUAGCACGGAAUCUGCCGUCACCGUCAUCCUCUUUAUCGAAAUUUGUUUCCGCAUUGGGGUAGAUUGGCGAAAUUUCUUUAAAUCCCGGCAGAACUGGGCUGAUCUCAUCCUUGCCAUCAUCACAAUGGUGAUGCAAAUCCCUCCCAUCCGCUCGUCGGGCAGCGUCUACGCAGCAUUAUCCAUCUUCCAGGUACUCCGUGUGUAUCGGAUAGUACUGGCCUUUUCGUUGACGAGAACCCUUAUCAUGACUGUGUUUAGCAACAUCGUCGGUCUAUUUAACCUCAUUAUCUUCGUGUUUUUGAUCACUUUUCUCACCUCCAUAUUUGCUGUCCAAUUGUUCCGUGACCAGAUACCUGCCAUGGACUCAGACGGCGAAGUUACUCGAACUACAUUCUCCAAUAUAUAUAACUCGUUCCUGGGGAUGUAUCAGAUCCUCUCCAGCGAGAAUUGGACCUCCAUUCUAUAUUCGGCUACCGAAGCUAAUAGCCCUAGAGGCACAGCCUGGAUUUCAGCAGCCUUUUUCAUCAUGUGGUUUGUGCUCGCUAACUUCGUCGUGCUGAACAUGUUUAUUGCUGUCAUCCAGGAAAGUUUUGAUAUUUCUGAAGAUGAGAAACGGCUCUAUCAGAUCAGAGCAUUCUUGCAACAGAAACAAGUGAGCGAAUCAUCCCAUGGGAAUCUUGCCUUGUCCAGCAUAUUUAAGUUUGGCCGUGGCCGUGAACGAUAUCGAGACCCACUUGAUCACGGCCCUGCUGCACUUGAGAUGCUUCUAAAAGAGGCUGUGGUUCAAGACUUCUUAGACGAGACAUCACCCCUACGGCCCAUGGAAACCCAGCCUACUGAACACCCGCCGGAACAACAGGCAGUGCAGCCAGGAUUCUUUUCCCGUAUCUUCAACAAGUUAACAGAGCGUAUGUUGAACCGGGAGCCGAACCCCUUUUAUUCGAAACUCAAGUUCUCAAGGGACCAUGACGAACUAGACCCAGCAGCAAUGGCAAAAGAAGUCCUCUCAGCUGCUGAACAAAGAAAACGAGCCCAACGACAAUACCUCCAAAGAUACCCAAAGUACAAUGUUUCUCUCUAUAUUUUUACACCCUCUAAUCCUAUCCGCCGAAUUUGUCAACGAAUGGUAGGACCGGGUCGUGGAAAAUCCCGUAUUGAAGGGGUGGAUCCAUACAAACCAGUGUGGUACCUUUUUUCAGCAUUCAUAUACGCUGCCAUUGUUUCAAUGGUGCUAAUCGCUUGUAUCUGCACUCCAUUGUACCAACGCACGUACUUUGAGACGCAUGGCCCCGGCAUCCACAAUUGGUUUGUAUGGACGGAUCUAUGGUUUGCUAUUCUUUUCAGUGUUGAGGCUGUUAUCAAGGUGAUAGCAGACGGCUUUUUCUGGACACCAAAUGCCUACUUCCGUGGAUCCUGGGGCUUCAUUGAUGGUAUUGUCCUUAUCACUUUGUGGGUGAACGUUGUGGCUGCUUUGUACAAGACGGGAGAUGUUUCGCGAGUUGUUGGUGCAUUUAGGGCACUCAGAGCAUUAAGGCUGUUGAAUGUCAGCGAGAGCGCAAGAGAAACGUUCCAUUCUGUGAUAGUAAUGGGUGGAUGGAAAGUCAUUUCGGCUGCUUUUGUUUCCAUGAGUUUCCUCAUUCCAUUCGCCAUUUAUGGUUUGAAUCUUUUCAAUGGAAAAAUGAAACAAUGCAACGACGGGGAUUUCGGCUAUGUUUCCCUGGCACAUUGUGUUGGCGAAUAUAAAAGCUCUCAAUUCCAAUGGCAGGUACUUGCACCUCGAGCCGUACACAACCCAUUCUACAGCUUCGACAACUUCGGAAGUUCCCUGUUCAUCCUUUUCCAGAUUGUGUCUCAGGAAGGGUGGACUGAUGUGUUAUGGAAUGCCAUGAGUAUCACUGGCGUGGAUAAACAGCCUCAGCCGUUUUCAUCCCAAGCGAACGGCUUAUUCUUCGUGGUGUUCAACCUGCUCGGUGCAGUUUUCGUCCUUACUCUGUUCGUCUCUGUCUUCAUGCGAAACUAUACGGAACAAACUGGCGUGGCCUUCUUGACGGCAGAACAACGGUCGUGGCUAGAAUUGCGCAAGCUUCUGAAGCAGAUAUCCCCUUCUAAGCGAUCUCUUAGCAAGGACAAUAGCAAAUUCAAAGCGUGGUGCUAUCGCGUUGCGGUUAAAAAACAUGGGAGAUGGGCUAGGUUUAUCACGGGGUUGCUCCUGGUCCACCUUGUUCUCCUGGUUCUCGAAUUUUACCCGGAAGUUGAUUGGUGGGAGAAGACAAGAGACGCCCUGUUCCUCUUCCUCACCCUAUUCUAUAUCGCAAACGUUGUCAUCCGUCUUGUCGGCUUAACUUGGUCUCGGUUCCGCCGCAGCUCAUGGGAUCUCUACUCCAUUCUAUCAGUAGUAGGAACCUUUAUCACGACACUACUUGCCCUGAUCAAUGAUAAAAGCAUAGUCUUCGCCCAGCUUCAUAAACUAUUCCUGGUGUCCAUUGCACUUCUCAUUAUACCACGCAACAAUCAACUUGACCAGCUCUUCAAGACUGCUGCGGCUAGUUUGACAUCGAUCGGUAACCUGUUGGCCACCUGGUUUAUCCUUUUCCUCGUUUACGCCAUAGCAUUGACUCAGAUUUUCGGCUUGACCAAAUUCGGGGGCUCUGAAACGGGCAAUCUCAAUUUCAGAAGCGUACCUAAAGCGCUAAUCCUUCUAUUCCGCAUGAGUUGUGGUGAAGGGUGGAAUCAAAUUAUGGAAGACUUCGCAACGAUGGAGCCUCCUUACUGCACACUAGGCGAGAAUUUCUACAGGAGCGACUGUGGCAGUGCCGCCUGGGCUCGCACGCUGCUUAUCUCAUGGAACAUUCUGAGCAUGUACAUCUUUGUCUCUCUAUUUGUCUCGCUCAUCUUCGAGAGCUUUUCCUACGUCUAUCAACGAAGCAGUGGCCUUUAUGCGAUCAGCAGAGAUGAAAUCCGUCGUUUCAAACAGGCGUGGUCUACCUUUGACCCUGACGGAACGGGGUAUAUUUCAAAGGAGGCCUUCCCAAGGCUUUUAGGGGAACUUUCUGGUGUGUUCGAGAUGCGUAUAUACGAAGGGGAUUUUACAGUCGGCCGCAUUCUAGAAGACUGUCGUGUCAACGUUCGAGAAUCAGAAAUAUCGCAUUCUCGAUCUGUGGGUGAACUAGAUCUUAAGAAGCUUAUGCUCCGUCUUUCCCAUCUCCCAGUUGCCGAAAUACGCAAAAGACGUGCACGCUUGAACGCCUUUUAUGAGGAAGUGCUAGUUUCAUCUGAUCCAGAACGAGGAAUAUCUUUUACUUCAUGUCUUAUGAUCCUUGCUCAUUACAAUGUUAUCACUGACAGCAAGAGUUUGAGGCUGGAAGAGUUCCUACGGCGACGUGCCCGUCUACAGCGAGUCGAGGAAGCUGUCCGCCGAAACGUGGUCGUUGGAUUCUUCAACACGCUCUAUUGGUCAAGGCGAUUCCGACAACGUAUCCAAGCACGCCAUGACUCUCGCCUGGUCUCGGUACCACAGUUCUCUGUUCCGGAGAUAUAUGUCGAGGACGAGGACGGCCACAUGGACGAGGAUCAAUCGAGACGAGCAUCAGAAGACCGUGCAAGAUCCCCGGAAGGGUCCCCAAGCCGGAAAGCCCCACGCAUUGCUCUUCCAAAGAUCGAGACCAACAUGUUUGGCGACGAGGCUCAUAGGCUCCCGUCACCCACACAUUCCGACUGGGGUAACUUCAAUCCUUCUCUGACGCCUCAAAGUCCUACUACCCCGUAUGAUAGCAGUGUGCCUCGCGAUGAGUCGGGUGAAGGGCAUGGCCACCAACGCGGUGACAGUUCUGUGAGCGUACAAGGCGUGCUGGACUCCUUCGAUCACUCCGUAUGGGGCGAGAGUAUCAGACGAAGCUUCACCCGUCGUCGGUCCCACGGCUCAGCGGGCGAGUAG